CUGAAUGUGAGGCCUCGAGCUGCGGGGUUGAAUUUGGUAUAAAUGAGAGAGUUUCCGGGCCGGCAGUAUACCAGAUGUCGAUUAUCAAUUCAAUUCCUCAAUGCGACGGGCAAUGGACCACAUUUGCACUUCAUCGCGAGCUGACCAGUAUCUAGAGGAGAGAAUCAACUCUAGAGCAAGCAGCCUGUUUAAAGCAAGGAAUGACCUGCCCCAACUGGUGGUAUUCCUUCUGUUUCUAUCAAAGGACGCGCAUGGUAGACGGACAUUGCAAGCCAACCAACCUGUUCAAAUCAACCACAUCUCCGAGCUGAAACAGCUCCAAAAGAAAGAGACCACCGCCUGUGUACAGGUUUAUACGGUCGCACAGUUACGGUCAUGGACGACACUGAACAUAUCGAGCGAGCUGUUCCACCACCUCCUGAGCUUCCAAAGUUCAUGGCCAUAUUUUUGGAAAUCUGUCCUCACUUUUGGGAUUCGAUCGGUGGAAAACGAAUAUGGGUUUCCUCCUUUCCGUGCUAAAAGCUCGCAGACGGUAGAUGGCAAGGUUAACGAGAUUGCAUAUGUGAUUCGGCGGGCCGAACGUAACCAGCGCCCAACGUCGCAAGGGGAGUGUCCGUGGUCAAUUCGCCAGACAGGAGUUUAUCACAAAUUGACAUAUCCGCAUGAUGGCUCAUCGAGCUCCUCGGCAUUUAUUCUUAUUGCACCUUCCCACGCAGUUGAGAAUGAGGUAUCACAGAGCUUCCAAGGCAGUCCUGUCGAGGAGGACAUCAUGAAACCACAUUUCUCUAUGCACGAGAGUCUUAUAGCCGAUGGCCUCAAAGGCUGGAUGGACUACAUGGCUUGGCUGGAGGCUGAGUGCAAACAGAAGGCCGAUCGACUGAUCGUCUGGGAUGUCGAAGACCGAGAUAAACACAAAACAUGCUUCGAUGUGGAUGAUAGGCAACGACUUAAGCAGCUGGAGGAUUAUAUAACGGAUUUGAUGGUUAUCCUUCAGACAGCAGUAGACACUAUCGGUCGGGUUGGGAAGAGCUGUCAACGACACUGCCAAGAGAGCUGUGACCCCAGGAAUGGCUGCUCCUGCAGGUACAUGCUCAGAGAGUUCGAUGAAUAUGCAACGGAAGGUCGAGUCUAUCUAAAACGGGCGAAGGUAUUAAAAGACCGGGUGCAAUCGACGGAGCAACUGCUCACUGACCUAUUGAGCUUUGAGGAGACACGAGCCUUGAAACAACUGGCACGGGCAUCACACAUCGAGACAAAGACCCUGAAAGAACUGACCGAAGCUUCCCAAAGAGAGAGCCACUACGUCGCCGAGCUUGCAGAACGGAGUGUAGAAGACGCUGCGGCUGUGAAGAUGUUAAGCCUCGUCGGUCUGGUUUACCUCCCCACUACCAUUGUAGCGAAUUUCUUCUCCACUGAGUUUGUAAAAGUCAAUGAAGAGGGCGCUAUGUACAUAUCUCCCUGGGUUUGGAUCUUGGUGGCUAUCGCAGUUCCCUUAACAUUAGUCACGAUCUUUUUGUGGAUACUAUCUGUGCGAUAUAGUGACUCACCCUGGUUUCUGAAGGUGACUCGAAUUCGACGACAACCAACGUCACACAGGGAAAGGGGCCUGGAAAGGGAGGUGGACUUGGAACAGGGCAGGUUGCGAGGCCGAAUGGAGCCUGGGUCGAGUCAGGGCUCGGUGCCUUUAUUCAGCCUGAUGCGCCCGUCCACUUAUGCCACCACCACCACCACGAAGGCUGAUUGAAUUAUUCAUUUCACCCCUCCUGCCCUUUGCCCUUGCCAUGUAUAUCGGCUUUCGCUAUUACAAAUAUGGAUGGGUGUGAACACUAUCUAGAUCGGUCAUGAUUCUGCAGUAGAUAUGAUCUGACGGCGUAGAUCCCAGUGAAGCAGAGGAAUCUCUGGAAGCCUUUUAGGUUAAUAUAGUCAAAUUCU